UCGCCUCCGGUCGGUUGGCAGAAGGAAGUGAGCGCGAGUGGCAGGAGGAGGAGGAGGAGGGGGGCGUGGGAAAGUGAAGCCGCUUAUAAACUUUAAUUUAAUAAUGUCGGAAUUUGAUGCUAAUCCGUUCGCGGACCCGGUGGAUAUCAAUCCCUUUCAGGAUCCAUCAGUAACUCAACUGGCUAAUGCCAACCAGCAAGGUAUUGAUGACUUUAAUCCAUUCACUGAGAAUUCCAGGCUGACGCCUCCUAUUUCAGAUACCAAAGUGCCAGCUGGACAGAAGGCUACUCCUUCUCAGCCAGCAAUAUUGCAGACCACAGUAGAACCCAGUCCUCAGGCCAGUGCUACAGCUGCACAGCUGGCACUGCUUCGACAGCAGGAAGAGCUAGAAAGAAAAGCUGCAGAACUAGACCGCAAAGAGCAAGAACUGAAGAAUGAAAGUUACGCUUCAAAGAGAAAUAAUUGGCCCCCUUUUCCUUCGUUCUGCCCCAUCAAACCAUGCUUCUACCAGGACUUCGCAGCAGAGAUCCCAUCAGGCUUCCAGAGGACAGUAAAAAUGUUAUACUACUUGUGGAUGUUUCAUGCAGUCACAUUAUUCUUGAACCUGCUUGCUUGCCUGGCUGAGUUUAUUGUUGAUUCAAAACAUGGAGUAGACUUUGGCUUGGCGAUCUUGUGGUUUUUACUUUUCACUCCUUGUGCCUUCCUCUGUUGGUAUAGGCCAGUUUACAAGGCUUUCAGGUCCGACAGUUCAUUCAACUUCUUUUUCUUCUUCUUUGUGUUCUUCUGUCAAAUUGUUCUCUAUAUCAUUCAGGCAGUCGGCAUUCCCAACUGGGGUGUCAGUGGUUGGAUUGCAGCUCUUAGUUGGACAAAACCAAACCUCGCUGUGGCAGUGGUCAUGAUGGUGGUAGCAGUAUUCUUCACAGUGUGUGCUGUCUUAUCUUUGUUGCUGGUACAAAGGGUACAUUCAAUAUUCCGCAGCACAGGAGCCAGUUUUCAGAGAGCACAGGAAGAAUUUUCCCAUGGGGUCUUCUCCAACACCACAGUGCGUAAUGCUGCAGCUACUGCUGCAACAGCUGCUGCACAAAACAGCUUCCAAGGAAACUAAAUACUGGAAAUUACUGUUUUCAAAUUUUUUCCUCUUUGUACAUUCUUUAUAAAGAUGCACUUUCAUUGGACAAAAUGUGUAUUUUUGUGUGUCUACCAAUAAGAAGGGGAAGAAUAUAUUUGGCUUUAAUCAAAGGGUUUCAAACAGAUGGUUUGAUAAUAUCACUGCAUUUUCUACUCUAGAAAAGCAACUGCUCAACAGGCUGUGUUUCAUAUUUUCUUGUUUAUGAAGAAUCAUUGGUCAGUUUAUUGGACUAUUGGGGAGGUACAUUUAUAGAAGAGACUAAAAUAUCAGGUUAACUUUUUUGAAGUCUUCAUACUUUUAAUGAGCGUCUUCAAUAAUAUAUUAAGCACAGCAAAUUUUAAUGGCACCUUAAGUAUUGUUCAACACUAUGACGUUGUAUGCCAGAGCUGGUCAUCUGUUAUUCUGUAGCAUUACAUCAGUCUAGUUAAAUGUGUACGGUUAUGCUGGGUCCAGUUAGUUUUUGGUAUGGUAAACAGACUUAGUGGUUCUUUCUUUAUUUAAAUAAAAUCACAUUUGGGUAAAAGUUGCAUCACAGAAACCUGGCAGCAUCAUGACAAUAUUGCAAAUUCACAGGGAAAAGCUUUAAGUUCAUAGCUUGAGUUUGUCUCCUGUCAAUUAUUUUCUUGAUGAUAAAUUCUCAAAUGUUUGGGCUAUUUAAAAACAAUUGGGUAUUUAAAGGGAGAAUUUUCUCGUAACAUUCAGUUGCUCAGGCAGCAUCUAUGGAGAGAACCGUUAUUAAUGUUUUAGAUAUAAUAGGAGGUGACAACACAAACAUACAAUUUUUCCCUCCUUACUUCCUUUCAUUUAUUAUGUUCCUUUUUUAAAAUGCUGUUCGUGUAAUUUCUUCCAGCUCUGACCAAGUGUCCACGUUUCAAAUUUUAGCUGAUCUGUAUGUUCACAGAUGCUGACUGACCUGAGUGUUUCCAGUGUUUUCUUCUUUUGUUUGAUUUGCCUGCAUCUGCAGAUUUUUUAUUUUGCGUUGCUUUCUUUGUGGAUAUUUAAAGCUGUGCUUUUUGGCAAUAUUAAUAUUCCUUCAUCAAAACAAUUGCUCAAUGUCUGCUCUGGAACACUAAUGCUCUUUGUAAGAACCAUCUCUACCCACUGCCACCUUUUAAAAUUAUAUCUGAAGUAUUUGGUGGGGGUAGGAGAGGAGCGAGUAUUUUCUACAAGUUUCUUAAGGAUCUGAUUGGUCAGAUUUGACAUUCACUCUGAAUCAUGUGGCUGGUUAAUACAGAAGCAAAAUACUGCAGAAUCUGAAAGAUAAACAAAAAUGCUGGAAGCACCCAACAAGUCAGGCAGCAUCUGUGAAGAGCGAAAAACACAAGUUAAUAUUUCAGGUCGACGACCCAGUUAACUAAUUGGCCUUAAUUCAUUUGGGGAAAAGCAAUUUUUUUUUUUAGCUCCUAUUUUAAAUGGUUCCCUUAGUCAUUGGGAUCUCCCAAUAAUCCUUUGUAUAUGUGUUUCUUGUAACUGGGAUAUCCAUUCCAAAAACUGUCCCAGGCUUUGGGUUGGAUUGGUUUUCCUGUUUUACCCUAUUCUUGUGAAACUGCUUGCAACAGUAUGACCAAAGAAUCUGCUUGCUCCACAGCCUCCAUUUGGGAUUCUGAUAGUAGAACUAUUUUUAGUUCAUACUUGCAAAAACUAGAUGGUAUCUAUUUAUUUAUUUUGGGAACUUUUUUCUCGCCACUUUGCCCUUUCCCAAAAAACAACUUUAUCCCUUCUCGGGUAGACCGUUUCCCAAGGGCACGUUAAAUAUCGCCUCGGUUGAAGAUGUCUCCCUUUUCCUUGCCCUUCUCCCGGAUAAGCGGAUAAACCAUAGGAAACCAUGUGAAUGAUAGCUGAGACUGGGAUUUGGCCUCUUGCUAUCUUGUUGGAAGUUCAGUGCUCUCCAGAACUGUUGCUGCAGAUCCUUUCCAGCUUUCCUCAACUAGUGUUCCCACGAUUAUGACUUUUUCCUCAGACCUCGCUCAUUAAAAAUUGGUCUUUCAGACACAUGAACUUGAAGAGUGAAAUCAAUUUUGUGCUAUUCAGCGUAAUUUCCACUGAAGUGUUAAAACACAAGAAGCUGUAGCUGCAAAAUUCCUGUUUGAAUUAUUCAUAAAGAUCUCUCUUCCCUACAGGUUAGUUUGGCAUAUAACAAGUACUGUACUACCAGCAGAAUAUGGGUACAUGAGCUUAGUACAAAACUAGACAAUGAGUGUCAAUUUAGGGAUUGUCACCCUUUAGCUUCAGAACUCUUGGUUUACAGGACUUACCUUUAUAAUUUGAGUAUUUUAUUUUGAAAUCAUAUCAAAAUGAGCUGAUGUAAUUUUUUUUGAUUUCACACAUGUAAGUGGGAUGGUCAUUCGCUUGAACAAGCUUUCCAAUGGAAUGUAUAGUGUUAGCUUUUCAUUGUUUAAAAAAAAAUCCAUGCAAAUGUCCUUUUUAAAGCAUUUGUGCUCAAAUAAAGGUCUUUAACUCAA